AUGAGACAGCCCGAGGGAGACACCACAGCCUUUUGUAACCUAAACUUGGAAGUGACAUCCCACCACUGUACUAUAUUCUAUUCAUCAGAACGCCACCCCGGCCUUAUUUCCCCCUCAGACCGACCGCGUCCCGGCUCCAAGCCCUUCGGCCGCCGGCUUGCAGAGGGCUUUGCUGAGGCCGUGCAGCCCGCGCCCCCGGCCCGGGCCUGCGGAGGGGCUGGAGACAAAGAGGCGGCGGCGCCGCCGCCGCGGCCUCCAGGACCGUCCCCUCGGGGACAGCUCCGCGCGCCCCCCACCCCGCCACCCCAACUCCGCUCGCGCGCCGCCACAGCCUAG